GUGUGCUUGUACAUACACUUCCGUUGAAGCUUGACGUUAAGUUAUACCCUUGCAUCCCCACAAGAACCAGGGCACGAUUUCGGGUGUAAGUUGGUGCCCUGUGGGUCCAACCAAGACCGAUCGGCAUCUCCACAACUGGGCAGUUGAACGGCAUCCUCAAGUCCGUCCUUCUACACGGCAGCCCGUCAACUGGACCAAGAAAAGGUAGCGCAGCAUGCCGACCUACCUCUGCCACGGUUUCCGCUGGCAGCGACCCAACAUCCGGGUCUACGUGAUUGUGCAAGACCUCGAAGACGCCUCUCCGGAAUGGAUAAUUGCCCCCAAAGGCUCUCAGAGCAUCCUCAAGUCCUUCUACGACGGUUUCUCCUUCCUCCCCCACUGCAGCCCCGAGAAUGGUCGCUCCAUUCUGCCUGCUAAGGAUGAAAGCGAUACCGGCAACGGCCGCGCCGCCUCCGAAGACAGAUUCGGCGCCCAGUCCUGGUCGGCCAUCAAGCUCCUCGAGGAGUACGAUCCGCGCGACGUGGACACUGUAUCGCGGCCGUAUGCGUACGUUGCCGACUACACCGUGCGCGUGGACCUGUCCUGUUCCAUUGUGGACGAGAUCGUGCGGUACGAGCAGCAGCAGCUCCAGAGCCCGCACCCGGCCGUAUCCAUUCCGCCCAAGGACUCGUCAUCCUCCGUCGCGGGACCGUCGGGGUGGUUCGAGCGGCUCCGGGACCAGCUGGAGGGUGAGGCAGAGAUACGCUGGUAUGUCGUCGUGAACGGCGACGAGGUGCGCGACUGGGCAGAUGAGCCAACUGGUGGAGUCGCAAAUGCGUCCCAGCCCGAGGGGGAAUGCCAUCAAUAAUGAGUGAGGGCUGUUUAGCUAUGAGAUAUGCCUCGCCCUUAUGAUACCACAUUUCCGCUGUUCCCGAACACAUACGACCAUACCUGGUAGACAAUACGGCAUCCCGUCCGCUCUGCCAUCGUCAAGCUACCAAGGGCCGAAUCAGUACUCAGGUUGGUGACAACGGGGGAAUCCUCGGUGUUGUAUGGUUUUUGUCCUAGUGAGAUGGUUGAUCAAGU